AGAUUAGUGGCUUGAAACAGUUAAAAUAUGGGUAAUCAUUCAACUGCUGAAAACAAAACUAAAGACCCAGCAACGGAUUAUUCGCAAGAUUUUUCGAACUACACUUUUAUUAACGAAAUAUGGGUUGUAAAACCUGCAUCACAAAUAAUCGUCGAAUCCACAGUUUUCCUCCCUAUCUUAAUUUUUGGCAUUUUCGGAAACAUUUUAUCAAUAUAUGUUCUUAUCAGGAACAGGCACAUCUGCACCCCAACAAAUGUACUUAUCGGAAAUAUGGCUGCAGCUGAUUUACUGUCAUUACUAAUCCACCCCUGGAUUUUUCUUGUAUAUGACUUUUUCCAAAAUUACCAGUUUGGUAGUUUUAUCUGCAAAACUGAAGCAACAAUCGAAUGUGCUAUAUUACUGACAAGUGUAACAAGUGUUUCUGCAAUUAGUUAUGACAGACUAACAGCUAUUCUGCUACCACGAGAAUCAAAAUUGACCAAAAGAGGUGCCAAGUUCAUCAUAGCAAUUGCAUGGGUGGUCGGGUUGUUAAUCUCUAGUCCAUUGUUCUUUUAUAGAAAUUACAAGGAACGCCAGUGGAAAGAUUUUUUGGAAAAAUUUUGUACUGAAAAUACUUUCAUGACAACUAUUUACUGGCACGUUAUCAUAACAGUUCUAGUCUGGCUACCAUUAACCAUUCAGCUAAUUUGCUACGGAUCUAUAUUCAUAAAGCUUCGCAAAUACGAGAAAGUGGUUUCACGAAAACUGGACCAGCGUCAAGUCGAUUACAAGAAAAAAGCAGUUCGCAUGAUGUUCUCCAUGAUUUUGACAUUUUUAAUAUGUCGAUUACCUUUUACUGCACUGAUUUUCUAUAGAGAUGAAAUCCAAAGUAGCCUUUCUCAAGGUGCACUAGUACAAAAUACGGCUAGUGGAGCGUAUCAUAACUUCUGGUUAUUAUCAAAGUUUUUCAUCUUUGUAAACGCUGCUCUGAAUCCUUUGAUUUAUAGUGUGACGAAUGAAAAAUUUCAAAGAGGAUUUAAAACGACAAAAUUAUCGAAGUGGUUAUUCCCUCCUGAAAAAAUUAAACCAAAAAUUGUGACACCAAAACCAACUCUCAAAACUCCGGAAACGUCGACGCUGUUUAAGCGGAGUUUGUUUUUUAUUUUUAAAAAAAGACAAAAGUUAAGUACUGCCUUGACUGAUGUUGGCAGUGAAAUUUCGAUUGGAAAAUAUGAUGUGCAAGUGAAUUAAAGAAAAUUGUGUAUCUGAAAUGUAUAAUUUGUCUUU